AUGUCGACACUACAACUUCCACCUGGCUUGAAGCACGACGGUCCUCUGGUAGAGGCGUCCUGCGGAGGCGAGCCCGGACCGUGGCUGGAGCAUGGCAAAGUCAAGUUGUACACGAACGCGUUCGUGAUCAUCAACGAUGCCAGGAUUCUGCUGGGAUACAAGAAACGCGGGUUCGGGGCGGGACUGUGGAACGGCUUCGGCGGCAAAGUGGACGCGGGCGAAACCUCCGCGCAGGCGGCCGUGCGCGAACUGGAGGAAGAAGCCGGGAUCACCGCGCCGCUCGCGCACUGCGGCACGCUGUUCUUCGUGCUGGAGGGCUCCGAACACGCGUUCCACAUCGACAUCUUCCGCGCGGACGAGUUCACCGGGGACGUCACAGAGUCAGAGGAGAUGCGCCCGCAGUGGCACGCGAUUCAGGACGCCCUCUUCCCGCUUCAUACGCGGCGCGCCGUCUCAGCGGAAGCCGCGGCGGGCGCGGCGGGCCUCCCCGAGAUCCCGCUCACGAACAUGUGGCCCGACGACAAGCACUGGCUGCCCAUCAUGUUCGCGCGCCGCCGCUUCGUCGGCCGCGCGGACUUCGCCGCCGAUGGCCGGAUGUACAAGUGGUGGUUCGCGGCGGAGCCGCCGGUCGCUGCAGCUGGGGCCGAUGAGGCGUGA